GAGGACCGUCUGGUGUGAGCCGCGGCUUUCCGGCACUCUCUGGGUCAAUUUCCAGAGCGCCAAGUGUUCGGCUCCGGUUUCUCCCGCUUGGAUUUCGCUCCCGCAUGUGGGCGUCUGAAAGGAAACCAGAAGCUGGGAGUUUACCAGAUUGAUUUUCUCGUUGACGUUUGGAGACAGGUCUCCUGGGAGAAUGGGUGCCCGUUUCAUUAAACGAGGCUUAAGCACAUAAAGCAUUCACUGUGGAGAGAAGAGCAUUUUUGAGAUAAGUCAGAGGAAAACCCGCUACAGAAGGGCGCCUCCCAUGUGCGUGUUGCGUGGUGCUGCUUCUUCAAACUUGGCCUAGUGAUGAAGCCACCAUUAUGUCCUCAGUCAGCGAAGUGAAUGUUGAUAUCAGAGAUUUCCUAAUGAGCAUUAAUUUGGAGCAGUACCUCUUAAACUUCCGUGAAUUUGGUUUUAAUAAUGUGAGGGACUGUGCAGACAUAAAUGACAGCGUGCUCCUCAAAGUUGGAAUAUCACCUACAGGACACCGGAGGAGGAUACUUAAACAGUUACAGAUAAUCCUGUCAAAAAUGCAAGAUAUCCCAAUAUAUGCAAAUAUUCACAAAACAAAGAAGAAUGAUGAGACUUCAAAGGAUCACCAGGCUCCAUCUUCUGCUCAGAAUACCUGCUUAGAAUUUUCAGAUUCACACAGUGUUCAGAUAUCUAGCCCUAUACAGUUGGAGACUGUUACAAAAAAUGUUGGAGAACAUGAGGUUUGUGUGGAAAAUAGCCAGUCUCUUAAAUCAGAUGAUAAGCUGACUCUUCCUACACACAACUUUCCCAUUCCAGAAGACGAACCACACUCGAAUUCAGGUUCUUUUCAAGAUUCUUUACUUGGUAGUGAAACUGCCAAAGUAGAAUCUUUGAUAACAGAGAAGACUGUGGGCUGUACUACUGAAGAAGAAACAGAAAGAGUUGAUUUGAUUUCAGAAAAUGUAGGCAAGCUUCCUAAUGCAGACCUUGAAUUCCUUUCCUCCUAUGACUCUUCAGUAUCAGAAGCAAAUUCUGGAAAUGGAACUAACGUUUUAUUAGACAGCUCACCACCAUCACCAUUCUUUCAGUUUCAAGGAGAAAUGGUUGUAAAUGAUUUGUACGUGCCAUCAUCACCAGUCCUAACACCUAUGAGAAGUCGUAGCAAGUUGGUUUCAAGACCAUCUCGAUCUUUUCUGCUAAGACAUCGGCCGGUACCAGAGAUUCCAGGAUCAACAAAGGGAAUUUCAGGGAGCUAUUUUCGCGAGAGAAGAAAUGUUGCUACCUCAACUGGAAAAUCUGUGACACAGCAAAAUACAAAUGAGGAGAAUUCAUCUUCCAUUUUACCUUAUGGAGAGACCUUUCUUUUCCAGAGACUAGAAAAUUCCAAGAAGAGAUCUAUAAAGAAUGAAUUUUGGACCCAGGAAGAAACACUCAAAGGGGAAACAACUACUGAAAGAAACUCAUUUUUUGUCAAAUCAAGCAUAUAUGAUAACAGGACGGAAAAUAUAAGUGAAGACAAAGUAGAAGAUAUUUGGAUACCUCGAGAAGAUAAAAGCAAUCUUCCUAUAGACUCUGCUUCAGAAUCAGAGUAUUCAACAGUAGAAGAAUGCUUUCAGAGUUUAAGAAGAAAAAAUUCAAAGCCAUCUAAAUCAAGGACUCAAAAGGCAGUGAAUUUGGACCCUGUUAAUAGGCACAGUUAUCCACUAAGCUCAACAAGUGGAAAUGCUGACUCACCAGUUAUUUCCUCAAAUGUAAUAUCUCCCUAUGCCUGUUUUUAUGGAUCAUCUACAAGGAAGGUUAAAUCCGGAUGGCUUGACAAACUCUGUCCCCAAGGAAAACGCAUGUUUCAGAAGAGAUGGGUGAAAUUUGAUGGCCUCAGCAUUUCUUACUACAAUAACGAUAAGGAAGAGAAGCUAAAACCCCCAAAAUGGAAAAUAAGGAGAAGAAAAAGUUAUUCUGAGAAGUAUUCAAAAGGAAUAAUCCCCCUUUCUGCUAUAUCUACGGUCCGAGUUCAAGGAGACAACAAAUUUGAAGUUGUUACAACACAAAGAACUUUUGUUUUCAGAGUAGAAAAAGAAGAGGAAAGAAAUGACUGGAUCAGCCUACUAUUAAAUGCACUGAAGUUACAGGCCCUUUCUUCGCAGUCUCAAGCUGCUAUUGCACCUGAGAAAUGUGGAUAUCUUGAACUGAGAGGCUAUAAAGCUAAAAUUUUCACUGUGUUAAGUGGAAACAGUGUGUGGCUUUGCAAAAAUGAACAGGAUUUUAAGAGUGGACUUGGUAUUACCAUAAUCCCUAUGAAUGUAGCAAAUGUAAAACAAGUGGACCGAACUGUAAAACAGUCUUUUGAAAUAAUCACUCCCUAUAGGAGUUUUAGCUUUACCGCUGAGUCUGAAAAAGAGAAACAAGAGUGGAUUGACGCCGUGCAGCAAUCAAUAGCAGAAACUCUCUCUGAUUAUGAAGUAGCCGAGAAGAUUUGGUACAAUGAGGCCAACAGGAGCUGCGCAGAUUGCAAAGCCCCAGAUCCCGACUGGGCCUCCAUCAAUCUCUGCGUUGUCAUCUGCAAGAAGUGUGCAGGGCAACAUAGAUCUUUAGGACCAAAAGAUUCCAAGGUUAGAAGUCUGAAAAUGGAUGCCAGCAUUUGGAGCAAUGAGCUCAUUGAGCUUUUUAUUGUCAUUGGAAACAAAAGAGCUAAUGACUUUUGGGCUGGUAAUCUUCAAAAAGAUGAAGAAUUACACAUGGACUCUUCGGUAGAAAGGAGAAAAAAUUUUAUCACUCAGAAGUACAAAGAAGGAAGAUUCAGAAAAACCCUUUUGGCGUCUCUUACCAAGGAAGAAUUAAAUAAGGCUCUGUGUGCCGCUGUGGUGAAACCAGAUGUUCUGGAAACAAUGGCUUUGCUGUUCAGUGGGGCAGAUGUCAUGUGCGCGACAGGUGAUCCUGACCACAGCACCCCCUAUCUGCUGGCCAAGAAGGCAGGGCAGAGUCUGCAGAUGGAAUUUCUCUACCAUAACAAAUUCUCAGAUUUCCCUCAACAUGACACAUAUUCUGAAGGUGGAUUAAAUCAAGAGUCCUCCCAGUCUACGUUCCUCUGUGACUUUUUGUAUCAGGCUCCUGCUGGUGCUUCUAAACUCUCUUCAGAAAAAAAACUGCUUGAAGAGACAAAUAAAAAGUGGUGUGUUCUGGAAGGAGGCUUCUUGAGUUACUAUGAAAAUGAUAAGUCUACCACGCCUAAUGGCACCAUUAAUAUCAAUGAAGUCAUCUGCCUGGCUGUGCACAAAGAAGACUUCUGUUUAAAUACUGGGCCCAUCUUUACUUUUGAGAUUUAUUUACCCUCAGAACGUGCAUUUUUAUUUGGAGCUGAAACAUCUCAAGUGCAAAGAAAAUGGACAGAAGCAAUAGCCAAGCAUUUUGUUCCCUUUGUUGCUGAAAACUUAACAGAAGCUGACUAUGAUUUGAUUGGUCAACUCUUCUACAAAGACUGCCACGCCCUGGAUCAAUGGAGAAAAGGCUGGUUUGCAAUGGACAAAUCUAAUUUGCGUUUUUGCCUUCAAAUGCAAGAAGGUCAAGAGGAUAGAAUGCACUUAAGGAGACUACAAGAACUAACAAUUAGCACAGUGGUUCAAAAUGGGGAAAAAUUGGAUGUUUUGCUCUUGGUAGAAAAAGGGAGAACAUUAUACAUCCAUGGGCAUACCAAGUUGGAUUUCACAGUCUGGCAUACUGCAAUUGAAAAAGCAGCAGGUACAGAUGGGAAUGCAUUACAAGACCAGCAGCUCAGCAAAAAUGACGUUCCCAUUAUCGUGAACAGCUGUAUAGCAUUUGUUACACAGUAUGGUUUAGGAUACAAAAAUAUCUAUCAAAAGAAUGGUGAUCCAUUACAUGUAAGUGAACUCCUGGAGAGUUUCAAAAAGGAUGCAAGAAGCUUUAAAUUGAGGGCUGGAAAACAUCAACUUGAAGAUGUGACAGGCGUAUUGAAGAGUUUUCUCUCUGACAUUGAUGAUGCACUUCUCACUAAGGAGCUCUACCCGUAUUGGAUCUCUGCCUUAGAUACCCAAGAUGACAAGGAGAGAAUUAAAAAGUACGGAGCAUUUAUACGUACUCUUCCUGGGGUGAACCAAGCAACCUUGGCAGCUAUAAUUGAACACCUUUACAGGGUUCAGAAAUGCUCAGAAAUCAAUCACAUGAGCGCCCACAAUUUGGCCUUGGUUUUUUCCUCCUGUUUGUUUCAAACUAAGGGACAAACUAGUGAAGAAGUGAAUGUAAUCGAGGACUUAAUUAAUAAUUAUGUUGAAAUUUUUGAGGUUAAAGAAGACCAAGUCAAACAAAUGGACAUAGAGAAUAGCUUUAUUACCAAGUGGAAAGACACUCAAGUUUCCCAGGCCGGAGAUUUGUUAAUUGAAGUAUAUGUAGAAAGAAAGGAGCCUGACUGCAGUAUCAUAAUUCGGAUAUCUCCUGUGAUGGAAGCAGAAGAGUUAACUAAUGACAUAUUAGCAAUAAAAAAUAUAACUCCUACAAAAGAUGAUAUCUGGGCCACAUUUGAAGUCAUAGAAAAUGAAGAGCUUGAACGUCCUCUUCACUACACGGAAAAUGUGUUGGAACAGGUGCUUCGAUGGAGCUCAUUAGCUGAACCUGGCUCUGCUUAUCUUGUAGUGAAGAGAUUCUUAACCACUGACACGAUUAAGCACUACAAUGAGAGGAAGGCCCUGGAAAAUAUCAAAGAGGGAGUCUUGAAAGUCAAAGAAGAACCAUCUAAAAUACUCUCUGGAAAUAAGUUUCAAGAUCGGUAUUGUGUUUUACGAGAUGGGUACCUCCUUCUUUACAAGGAUCUGAAGAGUAGCAAACCUGAUAAAAUGUUUUCUCUCAGUUCCAUGAAGUUUUAUCUUGGAGUGAAAAAGAAGAUGAAGCCUCCAACAAGCUGGGGAUUGACAGCAUAUUCUGAAAAACAUCACUGGCACCUGUGUUGUGAGAGUUCACAAACUCAAACGGAGUGGAUGGCCAAUAUCUUUAUUGCCCAGCAUGAAAAUGAUAUAUGGCCACCAGCUGGAAAGGAACGAAAACGUUCUAUAACCAAAAAUCCCAAAAUUGGAGGUUUGCCUCUGAUUCCCAUCCAGCAUGAGAGAAAUUCAACGCAAGCCCGGAGAGAGAUUGAGAGUGCAAAAGCAGAACUUGAAAGGCUGCGGCUCGGGGCCAAGCGUGACCAAGGUGGGGAUGGCACCUUAAAGGAAAAAGCGUCCAUCGUGGCCCAGUGCCUGGAGCAGAAGGACGAGAAGCUUCGAAAUCGAACCAGAAAACACCGGAGUUUCAACUGUCUGGAGGACACAGAGGCUGAGGUCUUUCCAGGGCGACAGAAAGGUCAUAAAGGCCUAAAGACACUGAGGAAGACUGAGGACAGGAAUGGCAAAGAUACUUUGGACUGCAAUAAUAAGUUACCACCAAAAGUCAUCGAAGAGCUUAGCGUGGUUCUCCAGCGAUCAAGAACUGUUCCCAAAGAGGUACAGGCUGAGCAGGUGGUGCAGAAGGAAAUAAAAUGACUUGUCCUACAAAUAAUUUUUUUAAAUAUUGUGUAUAGUAUCUGAAACCAAACUAUUUCAUGCUGGGUGAGAUGUGUUUAGCUAUCCUUAACCAUUUAAAGAGCAAUUUUAAACUAUUAAUAUGUUUGUAUAUAUGCGAUAAGUGUAAGAUUCACUGUGUUGUGGUCUGAACAAAGCUUGUACAGUUCGGCUCUGUUAACCUUGCGUAGGAAGGCACUGGGUUACUUUGAGUGGCCAACCUUUUGAAGUACAGUUGACCCCUGAACAACAUGCGGCAGGGGUUAGUGUGUUAAUUUGUGUAUAAUUUAUAGUCAGCCCCCAUAUCCGAAAUUCCUCUGCAUUUGUAGGUUCAACUGAUUGUGGAUCAUGUAGUGCUAUAGGACUCACUUUUUAAAAAUAUCCACAUAUAAGUGGACCCAUGCAGUUCAAAACCCACAUUGAUCAAGGGUCAACUGUAGGUGUCUGUUAAGUGGUGUAAAUUUAUGAACAGAAAUUGCAAACUGUACUGUAUUGUAUAAAAUGCUGUGUGUAAAUGAAGCCUAUGAAACUAUAUGUAACACAUUUUGCACUUUGAGAAACCUUGUAUUUAAAGUUAUCAUACGUUUUUAGGUUUACAUAGGGUCCAACCUUAGGGAAAAGAAAGGAAAGUGAGUUGAAAAGGGGGAGGAUUUAUUUUAGUGGCUGCCUAUCAAACAACACUGAGGUUUUAAAAAAGAGGCCAAGAAUUAACACGUCCUAAAAGCCAAGGAGGUCAGGUUGAAAUUCAUUCUAGCUUACUGUUGACCAGACCUUGUUCAUGAGAAACUGCUUGUUAAGAAAAUAAUCUAGGACUACGUAUUUCCCAAGAUUAGUAUUCAGCCAACACACAUGAAUAAAGGCACUGGCCACUGUUCCCGUGGUGUCAGUGAACCAAACGCAGUACAAGCCCAUUCACUACACUUCAGUUCUCUGCAGGUGGCUGCCGAGGGGAGACUUACACUGCAUUGACGGGAUCAUGAAUCGGGGACCGGGCAUGGAUGCCACUUGCACUGUUGCUAUGUACGAACAAAUAAAGAGUUCCUUACUGGAACUCUGGUCAUUCUGGUACGAGCAACAGUCAUCCUCACAGGGUUUUACUGUUUUUUUAUUACUGUUUUACUUUGUAUAUUCAUUUCUGAAGUAAGACUGAGUCGGAAUUUACUGAAACUGUACAACAUAUGGCCAUCUGGGGGUAGGAGUUAGAUUAAUUACUAUACUUUUGGGAGCGACUAGUUCCCUUUUAACCUAAUCUUUUUUUUUUUUCUUUUUAAUAAAGCAGGAAUCUUCUUCCUGUGCCUAAUAAAUAAUGACAAAGCCCUCUAUUUUUAAUUCCACAUAAAGAGCAGCUACUAGGUUGGCUGUUUUUCUCAAACAAUACCAUCUAAAUUAUAGUUGGCAGGGGUAGCACUUUUCAUCAGUUUCUUUAGAAUUGUAUUAGGUCUGGUGAGUUUUGAUCAAAAUUAUUUUACUAGUAGGUAGCCAAGCUUUAUUCCUACCAUUUCCUACCCCCCACCUCUGUUUUUCAGGUGUCUUGUCAGAAUUUAUCAGUAUACAAAGGCCCGUACUUUUUUCAGUCCCAUCAUAGUGCAGUAAUAUGCUGUUAAAUGCUCUGAAUUUCUUCAUUACAAAAUACUGAUCUCUUAUACCUGGUGGUGAUAAAAUAGUUUACCAAGGAUAUGUGAUAUUUAUUCUUUAAAUCCACAUAGGUUGGAAUUUUCUUUUUAAGAGAGAAACUGCUGGUCAGUUUAUGAAAUAGGUGGCACCGCUGGGAAGCCUUCAUAGCUAUAAAGCAAGAAUCAUGGUGUUUAGAAAAAAAAACUAAAACUAUUAUUUCUAGUAAAUGGUAAUAUUUAUGUUUUAUGAAAUAAGGGGACAUGAAAAUUAUGCUGGAUAAUGGAACAGUAUCUGGAUUUUUUUUUACCUGCCUUAUUUGAAUACUUUUGAAAUUUGAGCUUAAAAUCUAAUAACUUCUAUUUCCCUUCCUGUACAACUGUCUCCAUUUUUCAAGUGUAAGAUAAGGGCUAAUGAUGACAUCUCAUAUAUUUUGAGUAAAAAUUAAAAUUGUUUUUCAAGUC